AUGGAUCCCGCUACCGCACCUCGUGCCGCUCUUUGCUUCGGCCUUCUAUUGGCCAUCUUGCUCCUUUCCGCGUUCCCAGCUUCACGCGCACAAGAGUUUCCCAGUUCUGUAUUAUCCUCUGAAGACCAACCCAGCGCUCCCAACUCGUUUCUCUUCCCCACUUCAACCUUUACUCCCUCCUCUUCCACAUCGUCCUCCUCGAACUCCUCUUCACCCUCUUCUUCCUCCUCCUCCUCGUCCCCCUCCUCCUCCACCUCUCAGCGCCUCUCAUCCACGCGUCAAUCCGGCAUGUUUCCCAACAGCAACGGCAGACAAACCACUAUAAACGGUCAAACCGACGGGUCUACAAGCAAGCCCGUUAACCGCUUCAAGACCGGACCCAUCAGGCGGAGCCCGCCGCAAGCGCAACCGUCCCCGAACCCAACCCCGAAUCCCUCCCCACGACCCUCCCCCAAUCCGUCCCCGAAGCCAGUCCCGUCCCCCCGGCCCAAGCCUCCCACCGUACCAACGCCGCAGCCUACAAUACCGUAUCCAGUUCCGCCAGGGGGGGGUGUCUGGUCGGGACCUGGGCGCGGGGCGGAGUAUCUGGUGAAGCUUCCGCCGCUGGCGCCCCGCCAGCAGUUCAACGUGCGCCGGUUCGGCGCGAUGGGGAAUGGCGCGAAGGACGAUACCCGCGCGUUUGCCGCCGCGUUCGCCGCGGCGUGUUCGUUCGGGCGCGCGCGGAAUGUGGCGACGGCGGUGGUGGUGCCGUACGGGUGGUAUUCCGUGACGUAUCUUGAGAUGGAAGGGCCGUGUGGCCCGCGCAUGGUCUUCAAGCUCGACGGUGUGAUUCUCGGUCCGGCAGGCCCGUUCGUGGCGCCCGUGCGGGCCGCGGUGGUGUCGUUUAGCUCCAUUCCGUGGCUCAUUGUGUCGGGGCGCGGCGCGAUCGACGGGCGCGGCGCGAACUGGUGGCGCAUGUGGGAGGCGGGGCAGCUGAAAGUGGACCGUCCAAUGCUCAUGACUGUGUACCGAUGCAACAACUCCGUGAUCCAAGGGAUCACGCUGCGUAACCCGGGCACGAUCCACCUCAAGAUUUCGCGAACGAUAGGCUCCGUCGUAAUCAACGUGACUACAACGAGCCCCGCCAACUCGCCCAACACGGAUUCCAUCCAUAUAUCCGCCAGCCGUGGUGUGACUGUAAAGAGGUGCACGCUGCACGGAGGAGAUGACAACGUGGUGAUUGAAGCGGGGUCCAACAGCGUGCGUGUGGAGGACACGUGGUGCAUUGCAGGCCAUGGGAUCAGUUGUCUCUCAUUCUCUCGUCCUCACCCCUCUUCAUCUUCGCCACUCUCCCCUCGUCUGAUCCCUCCCUCCACCCCGUUCACCGUCCUCCCCCCACUCUCCCCACUCACCAGCAUUGGCAGCCUGGGCGACAUGGGGAGCACAGCGUGCGUGCAGAACGUGGUGAUCAAGAACGUCGUCCUAAUGGCCCUCUCCAACGGCCUCCGAAUCAAGACCUACCAGGGCGGAUCAGGCUCCGUCUCCAACGUGAGCUACAGAAACGUGUACAUGGUGAACGUCCGGCGGCCAAUAGUCAUCGACCAGCAUUACUGCGAUCGUAACUCCGUGUCUCAUUGCGAGGAAUCCUCCCAGCACGCCGUGGCUAUAUCCAACGUCUCGUACUCGAGGAUAAUCGGUACUACGGACUACACGGAAGGGCUGUACCUCAACUGCUCGUCUACGGUUCCCUGCCGCGGCAUCACACUUAAAGAUAUCAACAUCACGUCGUCUGCCUCGCCACGGACGCCGCUACGGCCCAAGAUUGCGCAUGUGUUUGGGGGGAUACGUAGCGUGGUUGCGCCGAGACUGCUCCCACAGCAGAUACCGAUGGGCCCUGUGCCGUUUCAGGAGCUUGUGGCGGCACAACGCAUGGCCAGCCUCUGCCGGUGA